AUGAUAUCAUCAAUUCUACAAGGAGCUCGUAUUCUUGCUACAGGCUCUGCUAUUCCAGAUGUAUGUAUAAAUAACGAACAUUUAAGUAAAAUAGUCGAAACAUCAAAUGAAUGGAUCGUUACUCGAACAGGCAUAGAAGAAAGAAGAAUUUUAACUGGUCAGAAUGAAUCCAUUAUAGAUCUUGCAUCAUUAGCAUCAAAAAGAGCAUUAGAAAAAAUUUCUAUGAAUCCACUUGAAAUUGACUUAAUUAUAUUAGCAACUUCAAGCCCUGACGAUCUUUUUGGAAGUGCUGGACAACUUCAAGCAAAAAUUGGAGCAAGCAAGGCAGUAGCAUUUGAUCUUACUGCUGCAUGUUCAGGUUUUGUGUUAGGAAUUGUUACUGCCACUCAAUUUAUACAAAAUAAAAGCUAUAAGAAUAUAUUAGUAGUAGGAGCUGAUGCUUUGUCUAAGUGGACAGAUUGGUCUGAUCGUAGCACAUGCAUAUUAUUUGGUGAUGCUGCUGGUGCAGCUAUAAUACAAGCUUGUUCAGAAGAAGAAAAUGGUGUAUUAGGCUUUCAAUUAAAUACUAAUGGAAAUAAAUCAAAUCAAUUAUCGAUACCAUAUCAAACACAUAGUUACCAUCUAGAUAAUCAUAAAUCUUUAAAUCUGUUUCAAGGUAGAUUUCAAUAUAUUACGAUGAAUGGGCAAGAAGUGUAUAAAUUUGCUGUCUCUAAAGUGCCUACAAGUAUAGCACAAUGUUUAAAUUCAUUAAAUAUAUCUAAAGAUGAGAUAAACUGGCUUUUAUUGCAUCAAGCGAAUAAAAGGAUAUUAUAUGCUGUUGCUGAUAGACUAGGUAUUGAUUAUAGCAAAUUGAUUUACAAUCUUGAUAAAUAUGGUAAUACAUCAGCAGCCUCUAUACCACUCGCAUUAGAUGAAGCAUUAGCUAAAAAACAAAUAAAGUAUAAUGAUAUUAUAGUAAUUGCUGGUUUUGGUGCAGGCUUAACAUGGGGUACAACAGUUAUUAAAUGGAAAUGUUAG